AUGAGAUAUAGUCUCUUGGAAUCCUUCUCGCCGCCAACCCUAUAUCCCAAAGAGGAUCUCCCCAGUGUCGAGAUGAACAACGCAGUGGGUGCCGAUCUGCCUGCGGGCACACGGGCAGUCGAGGAGAACAUUGAAGAGGAUCAAUUAAGGGCUGCGGAACGGGCAGGGAUGACCGAGAUUGCUAGGGCAGAGUCGGGAAAAGAGCAAGGCCACACAUCUUCCUCCUCCUCGUCGCAAUCAGUAUCCGAGGAUGACCACGUAAAAAAGCUGGACUCCAAGAUAGUCAAAAUUCGUGAUGCUCUUGAAGGAGAUGCCGCUUUCGCCCACCUUCCUGAACAUGAACGAGCGAUCUUGAAAAGACAGCUGGACACUCCAGAUGUUAAGGUGUCUUUCAUAACGCUCUUCAGAUAUGCGUCCAUGUGGGAUAUCAUCAUCUUUUAUGUUGCAGCCUUGUGUUCUAUUGCAGCCGGUGCCGCUCUACCGCUGAUGACUGUCGUAUUUGGCAAUCUGUCUGGUGUAUUCCAACAGAUCUUUUUGGGCACCAUGUCCAGGGAAGAGUUUGAUUCUACAUUGGUCGAAUAUGUUUUGUAUUUUGUCUACCUGGCCAUUGGCGAGUUCUUCACCACAUAUAUUGGCACGGUCGGCUCAAUAUACGUUGGUGAACACGUUACUGCGAAACUACGAGAAGAAUAUCUCAAAGCUAUUCUACGGCAAAAUAUCGCUUUCUUUGAUAAGCUAGGAGCAGGUGAGGUAACCACUCGUAUCACCGCCGAUACCAAUCUAGUUCAAGACGCCAUUUCCGAGAAAAUAUCACUUACCAUCGCUGGUGUUUCAACUUUUGUCACAGCCUUUGUGAUUGGAUUUAUACAGAGCUGGAAGCUCACCCUAAUAUGUGCCAGUACUGUGGUCGCAAUCACACUAACCAUGGGCAUCGGCUCAAAAUUUUUAAUUGCCUGGGGACGGAAAUCACUGGCAUCCUACGCUCUUGGCGGUAGUGUGGCCGAGGAAGUACUUGGCUCCAUUCGGAACGCCACAGCUUUCGGCACACAGGACAAGCUCGCACUAAAAUAUGAUAAACAUCUCAUCGAAGCCCAAAAAUGGGGAUGGAGAGUCAAGGGUGCGUUGGGAGUGAUGAUAGGUUUUAUGUUUCUCUUCCUUUAUUGGAACUACGGGUUGGCGUUCUGGCAAGGUAGUCGAUUCUUGGUGAGUGGUGAGGUUGAUCUGGCCGCCAUCCUAAUAAUUGUCCUCGCCAUCAUCAUUGGUGCGUUCAGUCUAGGAAAUAUCGCACCCAAUGGACAGGCAUUCACAUCUGGAAUCUCUGCUGGAGCAAAGAUUUAUAGCACCAUCGAUCGUCGUUCACCUCUCGAUCCUAGCUCAGAAACUGGCGAAAUACUGGACAGCGUGGAAGGCAGCGUCGAGUUGAGGGAUGUGAAACUCAUCUACCCGUCUCGUCCCGAGGUUGUGGUUAUGUCCAACGUGAAUCUCUUGAUUCCUGGAGGAAAGACUACAGCGCUGGUUGGGGCGUCGGGCAGUGGAAAAUCAACAAUUGUAUCACUAGUGGAAAGAUUUUACGAUCCUGUAGGAGGUGGUGUUUAUCUGGAUGGAGUCAACAUCGAAAAUCUCAAUCUCCGAUGGCUGCGGCAACAAAUUUCUUUGGUUCAACAAGAGCCGGUGCUCUUCAGCACAACAAUUCGUGACAACAUUGGCCAUGGCCUUAUAGGCUCGCGUUUCGAGAACGAAUCUAGGGAGCAACAAGCAGAGCGUAUCCUGAAUGCUGCAAAACAGGCGAAUGCUCAUGACUUCAUAACAAAUCUUCCAGAAGGAUACGAAACCAAUGUGGGUGAACGAGGGUUCUUGCUCUCUGGUGGUCAGAAGCAAAGAAUUGCCAUUGCUCGGGCUAUUGUUAGCGAUCCCAAAAUACUGCUUCUCGACGAGGCGACGUCCGCCCUCGACACUAAAUCUGAAGGCGUUGUUCAAGCUGCUCUUGAUGCUGCUUCACAGGGCCGAACCACGAUCGUUGUUGCCCAUCGGCUAUCAACCAUAAAGACUGCUGACAAUAUUGUGGUCAUGUCAGAAGGACGUAUAAUUGAGCAAGGCACCCACGACGAUCUAUUGGAGCGGGAGAGUGCCUACUACAACCUUGUCAAUGCCCAGAAAAUUGGCGACAGGAACCAGCAGGAUGCAGAAGACGACGAAAAGGCAGCAUUGAUAGAAGAAGAAUUGACGAGGAUCCACACUUCACGGAAAGCAUCUGUAGCUCCUGAGGACGAAAAGCUGGCUCUCGGCCGCACUAAUACGUCAAAGUCGAUCUCGUCUCAAGUUCUGGAAAAGAGAGGUUCUGAUAAGGGCAAACACUACUCCCUCCUUGAACUCAUAAGGUUCAUUGCCUCGUUUAACCGAAAAGAAUGGUACUACAUGGGUCUCGGUUUGUUUUUCUCCAUCAUCUCUGGUGGUGGGCAACCAACGCAGGGCGUAUUCUUUGCCAAAAGCAUUGUCGCCCUGACGCAACCUUUAGAAUUUCGAGACAGGCUGCGAAGCGAAAUUAAUUUUUGGGCUUUGAUGUAUCUCAUGCUUGGCCUGGUCAAUCUGUUGGCAAUGGUCAUUCUUGGGGUUUCCUUCGCUUUUUGCUCUGAGCGUCUUAUCCGUCGAGCUCGAGACGUCGCUUUUCGGGCGAUGCUCAGACAGGACAUCUCGUUCUUUGAUAAAGAAGAAAAUUCUAGUGGUAAAUUGAGUGCAUUUCUGUCGACAGAAGCCACACACCUGGCCGCUAUAUCCGGGGCCACGUUGGGCACAAUUUUGACUUGCAUUACAACAUUGGUCAGUGCUUGUGCCAUCUCUCUGGCAAUCGGGUGGAAAUUGUCUCUGGUAUGCAUAUCAACGAUCCCAGUCCUACUUGGAUGUGGUUUCUUUCGUUUCUGGAUGUUGGCAAGAUUCCAAGGUCGCUCGAAGAGAGCCUACGAAUCUUCUGCCUCCUACGCCUGCGAGAAUACAAAUGCUAUCCGCACCGUGGCUUCCCUGACCCGAGAGCAGGAUGUUUACAAUCACUAUCAUUCCCAGCUUGCCCUUCAGGGGAAGAAAUCUCUAAUCAGUGUCACGAAGUCGUCCUUACUCUACGCUUCUUCCCAGUCUCUUGUUCUGCUAUGCACAGCUCUGGGUUUCUGGUACGGCGGAACGCUUAUCGGAAGUGGAGAAUACAGUCUCUUCCAGUUCUUCAUCUGCUUCUCGGAAAUCAUCUUCGGAGCACAGUCGGCAGGGACUAUCUUCUCGUUUGCGGGCGACAUGAGCAAGGCCAAGAACGCGGCGAACGAGCUACGUACACUUGUGGAUCUGAAACCGUCUAUCGACCACUGGAGUACGGACGGUGAGCAAGUCACCCAUGUCGAUGGCACUAUCGAGUUUCGUGAUGUUCACUUUCGCUACCCUACCCGAGCGGAGGUGCCGGUGCUCCGCGGCUUGAACAUCACUGUCAGACCCGGACAAUAUGUUGCACUAGUGGGUGCCUCAGGCUGUGGCAAGUCUACGACCAUAGCGUUGAUGGAAAGAUUUUAUGACCCUCUGGCAGGAGGUGUUUAUGUUGAUGGGAGGGAGAUCUCGAGUCUCAAUCUCACUCAAUACCGAUCAUUCCUGGCGCUCGUAUCACAGGAGCCAACCUUGUAUCAAGGCACCAUCAAAGACAACAUCCUCCUCGGUGCAAACAGGGAUGACACGCCAGAUGAGCAAAUCAUCCAAGCCUGCAAAGAUGCCAAUAUUUAUGACUUUAUAAUGUCACUUCCCGAUGGAUUCGAAACCGAAGUCGGCAGCAAAGCCGCUCUCCUGUCCGGCGGCCAGAAACAACGUCUCGCCAUCGCACGCGCCCUACUUCGCGACCCUAGAAUCCUCUUACUGGACGAAGCCACCAGUGCUCUCGACUCCGAGUCCGAGAAAGUGGUCCAGGCCGCCCUGGAUGCCGCGGCGAGGGGCAGAACGACGAUCGCGGUGGCGCAUCGGCUCAGCACGAUCCAGAAGGCCGAUGUCAUCUAUGUUAUCGAUAGGGGAGUGGUGGUGGAGAGUGGGACGCAUGCCGAGCUGAUGGCGCUUAGAGGAAGAUAUAGGGAGUUGGUCCAGCUGCAGAGUUUGGAGAAGAAACAUUGA